AUGACUUUUGUCUUCUGCCUGUUCACUGCCAGCCCUAGUCUGCCGCUUUCUACCUCUAGUCUAUCUAGUAUCAUCCGCAUGUCCUCGAUGGUUGUGGUGAGAUGUCCUGGUUGUCCUGGAUGUCCUGGGCCUCGUGAAUGUCCUGGAUGUCCUGAUUGUCCUGGGCCUCCUGGAUGUCCUGGGCCUCCUGGAUGUCCUGGACGUCCUGGUUGUCCUGGACGUCCUGGUUGUCCUGGAUGUCCUGGGCCUCCUGGAUGUCCUGGGCCUCCUGGAUGUCCUGGUUGUCCUGGUUGUCCUGGACGUCCUGGUUGUCCUGGACGUCCUGGUUGUCCUGGACGUCCUGGUUGUCCUGGACGGCCUGGUUGUCCUGGAUGUCCUGGGCCUCCUGGAUAUCCUGGGCCUCCUGGAUGUCCUGGUUGUCCUGGUUGUCCUGGAUGUCCUGGAUGUCCUGGGCCUCCUGGAUGUCCUGGUUGUCCUGGAUGUCCUGGGCCUCCUGGAUGUCCUGGUUGUCCUGGAUGUCCUGGGCCUCCUGGAUGUCCUGGGCCUCCUGGAUGUCCUGGUUGUCCUGGGCCUCCUGGAUGUCCUGGUUGUCCUGGACGUCCUGGUUGUCCUGGAUGUCCUGGGCCUCCUGGAUGUCCUGGAUGUCCUGGGCCUCCUGGAUGUCCUGGUUGUCCUGGUUGUCCUGGACGUCCUGGUUGUCCUGGAUGUCCUGGGCCUCCUGGAUGUCCUGGAUGUCCUGGGCCUCCUGGAUGUCCUGGAUGUCCUGGGCCUCCUGGAUGUCCUGGAUGCCCUGGGCCUCCUGGAUGUCCUGGUUGUCCUGGUUGUCCUGGAUGUCCUGGGCCUCCUGGAUGUCCUGGGCCUCCUGGAUGUCCUGGGCCUCCUGGAUGUCCUGGGCCUCCUGGAUGUCCUGAAAAGAUUAACAAAAUUAGUUGUUGCCAUUCGACACAGCAUUAG